CGUCGCGCCAAAUCUGCGUCAUCGUUUCCUGGUCCUACAGGACACGCCCCUUUUUAGAAAGUACGGAAUGUCCACAGGUCUAAAAAAAAGACAUUCCACCGAGUGUUCACUGUCCUCUUCAUCCACGACCACCAUUCGGCACCAACGCUAAGCUGCGACGUAAGUGAGAAAUGGCGACUUCACUGCUGAGAAUUGGACGACUGCGAUAUGUGAAGUGUUUGCCGGCUGAGAGCUGGAGUACGCUGUGUGGCGCACCCAGAGCUACAGCUUUUAGCACAAAGUACGGGGGGACCAAAAAGCCAUCAAAAAAGAACUCUGACAAAAAACAGGUUAAAACAUACUUCGAUAUAGAGACACUUGCUCAGCACAAGAACUAUGACUUUCCCAAGAAAGGUGUUUCAGUACCAGCAAUCAGUUCAGCAGCACAUCCUGCAGUCCCAACUGUAAAACCUGAGACUGUUGUAGCAGUACCUGCAGUAGAGGCUACCAAUCGUGUUGCUGAAGCCGAUCCUGCAUUUUCUGUUGCGCCACCAGCUGAAAUUGCUGCCAAAUCAACCGUCACAGUCCUCGAAGAUUUGCCCAAGGCUGUUCUCUCAGAAGCUAAAGUUGCAGUUGAUCCUUUGUCUGACGCUGCCCCUUUACAUACUGUGGCCGCCAAAGCUGUGUUCGAGUCUGUGGCUGAAACUACAAGUGUGACAUCUCCAGCCAAGCCUGUGGACACAGUUGCCCAGAUGGAAUCUUUCACAGAAUCCAAGACUGCAGCUGCCUCCGUGAAAGCUGGGACGAAGGUAGUGGCUGAAGCUCCCGUUGCAGAUGUGGCCGCAGAGAAGGUCGUUGCAGCAAUCCCUGUGAAGGAUGAGGCCCAGCCUGUUGCAGCUGUGCCUAUGGCUGAAGCUUCCCCCAUGGAGGAUGCCCCAGAGCCUGUUAUUGAAGUAGUCAGUGUAGAAGCUGCAGCUCCGACUGUAGCUGCAGAACCUGUUGUUGAAGAAACCCCUGUGAAAGAUGUGGCUGAACCUGUUGCAGAAGUUGUAGCUAAGCCUUUGGCUGAAGAUGGCCCCAUGGAAGCAGUUGCAAACCCUGUUAUUCACCCUAAAGAGGCUGCAGCCGAGGCUGUGUCUGAACCUGAUGCAGUGCCUGCUGUUGAAGAUAUCCCUAUGAAAGAUGAGUCAAAGUCUGUUCUUGAAAUUACAGCUGAGCCUGUGGCUACAGCUACCCCCUUGGAAGCUGCGACAGAACCUGUUGUUGAAACAGUUACUGUAGAAGCUGCAGCAGAACCUGUUGUUGAAACAGUUACUGUAGAAGCUGCAGCAGAACCUGUUGCUGAUGCUGCUCCUGUGGAAGAAGCUGUUCCACUUGUAGUUGAACCUGUGACUGCUGAGGCUGCAGCUGAUGUCUCUGCCCCUGAACAUGACGCACAUGAGGUGUCGGACCGUGCUCCCGUUAUAGAUGAAGAUGCAGGAGAGAAGCUGCUGGAAGAGCCAUCUGGUGAACCACAUGCGGCUCAAAUGGACCCGAUUCAAAGGCUCUUCCUGGACUCCAUACGCCAGUAUUCAACACAAAACCAAAUUAGUGGCGAGCCAGUGGAUGCUGGUCCGGAGUACCACAAGGCCCUCGCAGAGGAGACAGCUAAGCUACAGAGGCUUUAUGGUGGUGGGGACCUCACAGUUUUUCCAGAGUUUAAAUUCCCAGAACCCACGUUUGAUGAAGUUUUCCGUAAGUGAAAACUUGCCGCCCAACAUGACCAAUCCUUGUUAAUAUGUGCUGCGUAGAGAAACAUUGUCUGUUUACAAUCAAAAGUGUCAAAAUAAAAAUCCAAGUCUCUUUCUUUGUGAGAAGAA